AUGGAAUAUGAAGUCAAGAAAGGGAAAAAGGGCUUUGUAUCCCCCAUCCGGAGGCUGGUGUUCCCCAAGUCUGCGCGCCGGGCUGCCUUUCGGACCAGUGUGAGUCGCCGGCCCCUGCACUCGAUGCCCCUUUACCCCCCUGACUAUCUCAUCGACCCUCAGAUUCUGCUGUGUGACUACCUGGAGAAAGAGGUCAAGUUCCUGGGCCACCUCACCUGGGUUACCUCCUCACUGAACCCCUCCAGCCGCGACGAGCUCCUGCAGCUACUGGACACGGCCAGGCAGUUGAAGGAGCUGCCGCUGAAGACCACGGCGGAGCAGGACAGUAUCUUGAGCCUGUCGGCCCGCUGCCUGCUGCUCACCUGGCGCGACAACGAGGAGCUAAUCCUGCGCAUCCCCACGCAUGAGAUCGCAGCCGCCUCCUACCUGCAGGACGACGCGCUGCACCUGCUGGUGCUUAAGACCGGUCUGGGCGUGGACCCGGUGCCAGCAGGCGUAGACGCCAGCCCCGGAGGCGCGGGGCGCGACCCGGGCCAGCCGGGCGCGGCGCCCGAGAAGCGGCGGGGGGGCACCACGGAGCGGCGCCACACCAUCUGCAGCCUGGACUGGCGGAUGGCGUGGGGCGGGGGUGCGAGCGCGGAGGCCCGGGCCGGGGGCGGCGGCGGCGGCAGCCUGGAGCGCCAGCGCGCCGGGGCGCGGGCGUCGGGCAGCUGGGAGCGGCGGCAGACGUUCAGCGGCAGCUGGGAGCGGCGGCACGCCGGCGGCGGCGGCGGCGCGGGCAAGCCGGGCGGCAGCUGGGAGCGGAGGCAGGCGGGCGGCGGCGGCGGCAGCUGGGAGCGGCGCCACCCGGGCUCCAACCCUCUCGACCCGCAGGAUCCCAGCCCCGACGCCUACUGCAACCUUGUCAUCCUGGCCGUGGCCAACAGGGAUGCUGCCGAGGAGUCCUGUGCCCUCAUCUGUCAGGUCUUCCAGAUCAUCUACGGGGACCAGAGCAUUGAGUGCGUGGACCGAGCUGGCUACCACUACACGUCCACGCCCGAGCGGCCGUGGCUGUGCAGCCGCAUAAUGGCUCCCAGGAUACAUUUGAAGCGUGUUAUAGUGGCACGUCCACACCCUCUUUCCAUGGCUCCCACUGCAGCGGCAGUGACCACAGCGGCCCGGGCCUCGAGCAGUUGCAAGAUUACAUGGUUACGUUGCGGAGUAAACUGGGACCUCUUGAGAUCCAGCAGUUUGCGAUGCUGCUGCGGGAGUACCGGCUGGGGCUGCCCAUCCAGGACUACUGUGCAGGCCUGCUGAAGCUCUAUGGAGACCGGCGCAAGUUCCUCCUCCUUGGGAUGCGGCCCUUCAUCCCCGACCAGGACAUCGGCUACUUCGAGGGCUUCCUGGAGGGC